CGCAUCCAACCAAAUGUCAUGUAUCAAACGACCUCGUGAUGCAAUACAAGCAGCCACACAAGUGCAAAACAUGGCUUAAAACCUAUAUUACCUCUGCCGGGCUCUACGGAGCAACAAAUGUAAAGAGGUCUGCAGGCAACCAAACACGACCAUAGAGACAUGAAAAGCAAUUACUUUCUCCGUUCCAAAAUAAAUGUCUCAAGGUUAUAUUAACUUUAUACUAAACUUGAGACAAUUAUUUUGGGACGGAGGGAAUACGUUUUGUCCCAGUACGGUGCAAUGUAGACAGUCCAGCCAUGCUAUUCCCAAUUUACGAAUAUGUAUUGCACAGGGUGCUUGUCGUUGAGAGCUGAAACAUGCGCAUAGAUUCAAACUGGAAAGGACUUGAACCCUGGUCUUGAGGUAUCAGGUUCAGGUGCAUCAUAUCCCUCGGGAACAAACAGCACCGUCGAGAAAUGCGACUCAUACCCUGCUUCAUGUGCUGUUUUUCUGACUAACUGAGUACUAACGCUCUAGCUUUUUCCAGUAAACUGCCUGUGUACAAAACCACAAGAAAGUUACUACACAAAAACACAGUUUAUCGAAUGGGUGUACCUUAUUUGGAUUCAACAUCCGGUGUCUUCACCACCCCUCGUGGCGUGUCACCAUCUUCCCCACGCCCCAUUACUGAUGAAGCAGGGACCGGCGACAACACCAUUACCACUAGUCAGUCUCCGGCCUGUGCUGGCAGCCACCAACCUUAUAACACAAAUAAAUAAAUAAUGCAGGAGGUGAUCUCCUCGAGAAGAUGAACGAUGUCCGUCGGAUGCCGAUCCGACGACGCUAUGCAUAACGAUAUAUUUGGCUGCAAUGCCGUCUUUCUUUUGCUUUCCUCCUCUAUAUUUAUUUAUGACGUUAUACCAGCUUGUCAUGCUGACGAGCAAUCUUGCCGGCUCAGCUAUAUACCGGAGACAGAUUCAGGUCUUGAAGUUGAACCUUGAGGCACCAUUUUUCUUUGCAAAUGGUGGCCGAGCUAGCACGCCAGAACAGCCCAACCGAGAUCACAAUUGACGGCCCCGAGCCGGAUCCUCCACCUUCUGCCACCAAUCUAACAAAUGGAAACAGACAGCCCCAGGAUCCUCAGCCUCCUCCACCUGCAAACGAGCUCAUGCUGGACCUGAGCAAGUACAUCCUGCUGCUGGCAACGCUGGUGGCCACGGUGACGUAUACCGCGGGGUUCAACCCGCCGGGGGGCGUCUGGCAGGAGACUGUCGCCGCCUCGGACCAACUCGCCGGCGACUCCAUUCUCCAGACCACCAGCUACGUCCGGUAUCUCGUGUUCUUCUACUGCAACGCCACCGCGUUUGCCUCGUCGCUUGUGGUCAUCGUCCUCGUCCUCUUCCUCACACUCCUGAAGAAGCAGCUCCAACUCAUGCCCCUGCAGGCGGUCAUGGUGGUGGACCUGCUGAGCAUCAUGGGAGCCUAUGCUGCCGGGACCUGCCGCGACAAGCCCACCACCAUCUUCACCUCAGUGCUGGUGGCUGCGGCCAUCGCCUACCUCACUCUCCAGAUGGUGCUGGCCUCAUUGACAGGCGACAAGGACAUCCACAUCGACUUACCGCACGAGAAACGGCUUCGAAAGGUACUGAUGCUGCUCGCGACAUUUGCGGUGAGCGUGACGUACGUGGCUGGGAUGAGCACGCCGGGCGGCUUCUGGGAUAACACCGAGAACGGCCACCGCCCUGGCGACGCGAUCCUCAAGGACAGCCAUGGCAAGCGCCUGACGGUGUUCUUGUGCUUCAACACCCUCGCGUUCAUCGCAUCGCUCCUCAUCAUCGUGGUGCUACUGGACAGAAACCCUCCCAUGACUAAGGCAUACAAGCUCAUCGCCGUGGCGCUGAUCAGCCUCAUCGUCUCAUACACGGCCGGCAGCUGCAGGGAGACCGACACCAACUUCUAUGUGGGCAGCCUGGUUAUUGCCGUCCUGGCAUUCAUGGCAUUGCUUCAAGCUGCAUUCCUUCAAAAUACCAUAAAAGCUGCAAGGGAUACCAGUUUCUGGAACAAAAUUAAAAGCUUCUAUCGUUGGGUGUCAGGGAGGUUGCUAAAAGCAAUAACAAUAGCUCCAGGUCCGGUGGCUAAUGACAGCAGGAUCGCAGCGGAGCAGGCUCGCUCCCUUGUACUGUUGCUAGCCACUCUUGCUGCAACCAUCACUUACCAAGCGGGGCUGGAUCCACCCGGUGGCGUCUGGCCCGAUAAUCGGGACGGCCACAUGGCUGGUGACCCCAUCCUCCUCACGGUGAACGCUAAACGGUACAAGGCGUUCUACUACUGCAAUUCCGUCGCCUUCGUAGCCUCCUUGGUGGCCAUCAUCCUGGUCCAAAACAAGGUUAUGCUCCAGACCCAUGUGCUCCAGGCAGCCAUGAUACUGGACUUGUUUGGCCUCAUCGGAGCAUAUGCUGCGGGAAGCUCCCGGGACUUGACCACCUCAAUUUACGCCAUGGCAUUGGCAGGCGCCGUCCUGGUCUAUGUGGUGAUCCAUGUUGUCUUCUUUACACUGAACCACGCCGAAGCCACUGCUGAGGAAAUUGAGUCCAUGGAGAAGAGGCGCAAGCGGUUGCUCCUUUUCGCAGUAUUGGUCGCGACCAUCACUUACCAAGCUGGGUUGACACCUCCUGGCGGCUUCCGGCUUCAGGAUGAUGGAUCAAGCGGGCACCAGGCAGGGGACCCAGUCCUCUUGUACAACUUUCCCCGCCGCUACAGAGCCUUCUUCUACUGCAAUACGGUGAGCUUCAUGCUGUCCAUCGCCCUCAUUAUAUUGCUCGUGAACCCCCAUUUAUACAGGCCAGCAAUACGAAGCUAUGCGCUCGCUGUUUGCACGGCGGCGGGCAUGUUUGGUCUGAUAGGGGCCUAUGCUGCCGGAAGCACCCAGCAUCUGAAAACAUCCAUCUACAUCUUUGUAUUGGGGGCUGUGGUCCUCUUUGUCAUAGCUGUACUGUUCCUAGUGUUCUUGGAUAAGAAAGACACCGUCAAUGAACUGAAGCAAGAGAAUGCUGACAAAAAAGGAAAGACAAAGCAUGCCAAGCGCAAAUAUCUGAUGCUGCUUGGAAUCCUUGUGGCAAGUGUCACCUACCAGGCUGGUCUAGAUCCGCCUGGGGGAGCUUGGCAGCACGACAGCAGUUGGUAUGACGCAGGCAACCCGAUCAUGCAUGACAACAGGAGGCCCCGGUACCUCGCCUUCUUCUACAGCAACUCCACCUCCUUUGUGGCGUCCAUUCUUGUCAUCGUCAUGUUGCUGCCGCAGUGGCUGAAUAAGAAUAAAGAAUGGUCGCUCAUGGUCAUGAACACAACGAUUGUGCUGGAUUUGCUCGCCCUGCUAGUGGCAUACGCAGCAGGAUCCAGCAGGGGGUGGAAGACAUCUAUGUAUGUCGCCGCGCUGAUCAUCGCCGUCUUGGCCUACGUUGCAAUCCAUAUAAUGCUGGCAUUGUUAUGUUCGCGUUCUCAUAGCGCUGUCAUUCCUCAGCAAAGGAGUCCAGGUGCCCAAGAAAAUUCCCAAACACAGGAGCACGCGAGGAAUCAGGCACAGUUUGCUGCAAUGUCAACACCUUGAUUAUCAGUGUGUCUGUGGCUCUGUUCAUGUGAGGAGUGGAUGCAAUGUUCCUUCAGUUUCCCUAUUGUCCCUUGAUUUGAUUUAUUGUUUUUAUGUAAUGCAAAGAGAAAGGAGGGGAACCCGGAGUUUUUAUGGUGUGUGGCUUCUCUUUUAUUUUUAGUUUUUUCCUAUUCUUAGUUUCUAGUCGUAGAUUGUCAUCUCUGCUCUGCCCUAAUCCUCCCCAUUUCUAGAUUUGUAGUCUACUUGAUGUUUGAUGUACUGGAUUAUUCUAAAUCCCUCAAACUUAGCUAGUAUGUUCGAGCAUAUUGGCAAAAACUUAAAUUCUUGCCUUGGGCAUAUUUGGACUCAA